AUGAAUCAGGUAAUGCAGUUUGUUGAAUCAAGUUGGCAGUUUGUGAAGGACUCAAUUCAGCUGGUUAGAGAUGCCCAAACCAAUAGAAAAGAAUUCUAGAAGAUUGUCAUGGCCACAGCCAUAGGAUUUGCUAUCAUGGGAUUCAUUGGCUUCUUUGUGAAACUGAUCCACAUCCCUAUUAAUAACAUUAUUGUGGGUGGCUGAGUGCUUUCUCUUCGUGGGAACUAGUGAACAAAUGAGAGUGUGAGCUCAUGAAGUAAAAAGUUGCCUGUAUACUUUGUGUUUUCCUUUCCUCCUCCCUAAGAGGUUUUCUAUUUCUAAAUUAAAAUAAUUGCAAAAUAAA